GCUAGAAAGGAAUACAUCCUUAUUACAUAUAUAUGAUAUACAUACUUGCUGUACUGAGUACGGUAUACCACUGAGUACUCGCCUGGAACCCUCGUCCUAGAUCUAACGUUUGAUUUCAACAAACCAUAGCUGAAGUAAAAGAAAACAUUGAUUCUAUCUACAAGGAAGACACUUAACUACUAUUGAAUAUGAAGUCAAAUAUGAUCAUUUCCCUGUUUGUCAUGGCAUCCAUGUCUCUUAUUGUUCACGGACGUGUUGUGAACAGUAACCAUGGAAACACAGCAACCAAGAAAAAUGGGCCGCCCUCUUUCUGCAAUGGCCUCGACUGUCCAAAGUACUCUGUCGUUGAUGACACACAUCAGACCUGGGAGGAGCGCCAAUAUUCAGUAUCUAACUGGGCAAGCACCACUCUGUCUGGGGUCGCCUUUGAUCAAGCUCAAGAGCAAAUGUUCAUGAAGCUUUUUGAUUACAUCCAGGGAGAAAAUGAGCUUGGAGUUAAAAUUGAAAUGGCAGUGCCUGUCACCAUUAGAGCUACGAUUGAUGCCAAGACUGGGCACUUCAUCGAUGACUAUACCCUGUCAUUCUAUCUUCCCUACAAGUAUCAGAAUGCUACGGCCCCUAAACCAAAAAAUCCAGAUAUUUUCCUGAGGACAGAGCGCCAAAGCAAGAUCUUUGUCAGAUCUUUCCCUGGUUACAUGUCGGAGACGAAAGACCUGUUCAAUGCCGGAGUCCUGGCUGCCGACCUCAAGGAUGAGUGGGACUACGAUCACGGUUACAUCUACACAGCGGGAUAUGACUCACCCUGGAAGGUCUUUUCGAGGCACAAUGAAGUCUGGUUUAUGGCCAAGAAAUAGAGUCUACUUGGCGAGACUAUGGCUGAAAAGUUUUGUAAAAAGAUAAAGACUUAAAAAAAUAUAUUGACAUUGGAAGGUCUUUGCAAGGCACGAGAUCUGAUUUAGAACCACGAAUUAAGAGUUAUGCCUGACCAUUGAAGGAAAGUCUUAUAAAAAAGGGAAGACUUAUACAAAAAAUAUAUCAACUUCCCGUUAUUUCUAAUAAGAAGCUCGUCUUGUUGAUAGUGAAAUUAACUAGUGCCUUUCCUAUGGUUUUCCUGUGAGGAAUUAAAUUGCAUUACAUGUUAUUUCAUACAACUCAUGCUACCCUGGGUAAAAAUUUCCAUGAAAGCUAACGAAAAUAAGGCUUUGUCUUCAAGUCAUGCAGGGGUCCUCCAAUAUUCAACUCAAGCAAUAAAUUUACCUGCGUUUAUUCAUUUUAUUUAAAAAUGCUCUUAUUUGCCAUGAUAAAAGUUAUGAAUGAAUCAUUGUGUUCAUAGUUUAGAGUGUACGAUUGUAUGUUUUAUUUUUUGUAUGAAAAAGGUUAUUUAGAAAUUAUAUUGAUAUCUGUCAGCUAUUUUGCAUGUACCUGAUGCAUAAUCAUCAUCAUCUGAUCUGAACCUUCCCUGUUCUUUAUGGGAUCUUUACAGUAAUAUAAUACAAUAAUACUUUGCUUAAGUGACGUCAGAAGGUUUGUUGACAUAUCUUUAAUUCAUAAUAUUACACAUGUAUAUUUCUGCACAUUAUUAUGUAGGGGUAGUGUGUGGAAAUAGAGAUAGUAAAAUAGGAUCUCUGUUCACAGACAUAAAGGCGACCGCACACCUUACGACUGGUCUGCGACCCGAUUUUGGAACAAAUCAAAUUUUGCUCAUUUUCUGAAGAUGUGAAUGGAACAUAUCAUUUUAUUUGAGGUUGAAAUUAAUUGAAAUAAUAAUAUUAUAACAAUUUUGAAAAAUUGCAAGCCCUUAUUUUGGAGUAAAGUCCAAAUUAGUUUCAAAUCGUAGCCAAUCGUAAGACUGCUAUGACGUCAUUACGACUAGAUAUUAAAUUUGCUUUUAUUCUAAGAAGGAUGAUAGCAUAGUAACAAAUUUGAUCAUAGGUAUUCGUACGAUGAUUUAGAACAUUACACAGUAACUUAUUCCAAGUCUCAAUAUUAGCAUCAAAUUCUAUUACAUUUUAUUCUGAAAUCGGGUCGCAGACGAGUCGUAAGGUGUGCGGUGGCCUUAACACUCAUGGCCACCAUGACUUUGUUUACAGAGUUUUUGAAAAUACUG